AUGCAACCUAUUAGGGGCAAUAAAUACCAUAGUGCUCUGGAGCCAAAAUUAGUCCCUCUGGGUACAACGUUUGAUGUUAAUGAUGUGUUUCUCUAUAAAACGGUCGAACCAAUUUCCAAAUGGAGGCAUUCAAGCAAGAAUUGGGAUCCUGUUGUAAAUAAAAUGACGGGAAUUAUGCUCUAUGAUGGUGAACGUGAGACAGCCCGGGAGGUUAUGCGUAGAACAUUUGCAGAAAUUAAGCUAAUUCAGAUGAAUAAACGAAAAAAGCUAGCGGGAGCGGAUGCAAAUUCAGUUGAAGUCAGUCCCAUAAAAAUUAUAAAUCAAGCGGUCGCCAAUUGCACUCCUUUAUUGGUCCUCCACAAGGUUCGAAGAGGUGGUUUUAUCUACAAGGUAGUGCCCGCCCCUGCUCGCGAUGUCGAUACAAUGCAUAUCGCUAUCAAGUGGAUUGUCGAAUCUGCUCGGAAUAAAGACAAAAAUCAGAGAAUUUGGGUUUCUCUUGCCCACGAAUUAAUAAACGCUGCAAAUAAUGAAGGUACUGCAAUUGGCAAAAAGAAGGAACUCUCUAAGCAAUUUAGAAAAUAUAAUCUUGAAUUAAUGAUAUCUUGUCUUCUCUACUUGGGUCGUUGUAAUAACUUUGGAAGGCCAGUCUUGAAUUCCAACCCUUUCCAGACGCUGUUAUCUCGUAUAACCAGCUACUCUGGUUAUGCCAGACUAUCGAAAUGGGUUCAAUUUCGGCGUUUCAAUCACCAGCCUUCUAAAUGUCCAGGAAGCAUUCAAAAUAUCAGAAACGUUGGUCUAAUAGCCCACAUUGAUGCUGGAAAGACGACUACCACAGAACGUAUGCUUUAUUUUGCUGGUAGGACGCGAGCGGUAGGUGAAGUGGACCGAGGCGAUACUGUGACAGACUACUUGGUAGAAGAGCGCGAACGUGGAAUAAGUAUAGUAAGCGCUGCAGCAUGUCUCUCCUGGCGGCAACAUGACGUCCAUCUCAUUGACACGCCUGGCCAUGUAGAUUUUACAUUUGAGGUGGAAAGAGGUUUGGCAGCUGUGGAUUCUGCUCUCAUCAUUAUUGAUGCAUGUAAGGGUGUGGAAACGCAGACCCGAACUGUAUGGUCGCAGGCAGAUCGAUAUCAACUACCCCGAAUGAUUUUUGUCAAUAAGAUGGAUCGUCCAACGGCAAAUUUCAUCAAUUCCAUGCGCUCACUUCGCGAGCGAUUUGGUGGGACUUUUCUUCCCCUCCAAAUGCCAGUUUUCAAUACAACUAAAGAAAAAUUCGUCGGAAUUGUCGAUUUGCCCUCUUUAAUGCUUAAGGUAGUCCCACACCUCAUUAAUGCUAUUUCAUUAGUAAACUACACACACACACACGGCGUAGUAGUCAACUGA